AAGCGUGUCGUUCUCCACCCUCCUAGUGCACAACGACAGGAGGGCGCGGGUACACAGCAAGCUAACCCCGACAUUCCCAGCACUGAAGCAGCUGUCAAGCCCACUGAGGCUGAACCUGCUAGCGGACCUUCUCUGCCUCUGACCGAGCCCAGUACUUCAGCGGAGCACCCGGAACGUUCGGAAGCCCAGCUCCUGGACCACAUAGCAAGCUCUCGGGAUGGUAUCCACCUGGAGGGCGCACUGCGAGGCAGAUACUCAGAAGACGCGUUUUUUGCGCUGAUAGUCAAGAACCCACGCCAGUACAAGAAUUUCCGCAUCCUUGACGGCAUAGUCUUUCUUAGAGAACGUGGGCGUGAACUUCUGUGCAUCCCACACAUCAUAGUCAACGGGCGUAGUGCUAGGGAGAUAGUAAUCUCUCACGCCCACUCUUUGCUAGCGCAUUUAGGACCUAGGAAGACGGCCGAUCUUCUACGCGACCACGUCUGGUGGAAGACA